AGGAGCCAGGAAAUUACAGAAAUUCCCGAAAUAAGAAACUUGAACGGCAAAUGCAGAUAUUGGAGACUAUUUUACCAUAUCAGUUGGGCAUGCCCAUUACCCAUUAAUCUGUUCAAGAGAAACUGUAAAUUGGGUUGUUUUGAAUCUUCUGAGAGUGUCUUGAUACAGAGAAGAUGGCCGGAAUGUUACCUGGGGUGGGCGUGCCUCCAAGGAGGAGAAUACAUAGCCACCACCGUCAAGAGUCUGGUUUCAGCCGCUCUGGAAGCCCUCCAUGGGAGUGGCGUGCGCCGUCGGCCCCGGUUGUUUGCACCCUGGAUGAAACAACGCUUAGAGCUCGCCAGCGCCUGGAGAAAAGGCUGGGCUACUUGAAUCCUUCUUCCAGGUCAAUGGAGGUGCAAUCAAAUAUUGAUCGUAGCCUCGACCUUAAAGAACACACAAAGGAAUCCCCCCGGUCGGCGAAGAAACUCCUGGCGAAGCACUGGAACUUCAGACUCAGCAGAAGUAAAUCAGAAAGGAAUAUUUGUUCAGUUUGUUUAGAGGAAUUUCAAGCAGAGCAAGCAGUAAUGGACCUCUCAUGUUCCCACAAGUACCAUUCAGAUUGCCUUCUUCCUUGGCUUGCAGACCACCCUCAUUGCCCCUAUUGCCGAAUCCCUAUUCACUCCUGAUACAAGGGAUCUGAAUAUAGAUUAAAAUAAAAAUAGCUUAACGUUAUACAUAUCCACUUUUUUCACUUUCAAUGCACAAAUAAAUAUACGUUUGAUGUAUAUUUAAAGUGGAUCUAGAUAGUUUUAUCAAUAAAAAUAAUGAAGUUAGAAACUUCUUGCAGUCUA